CUUUUCGAGCGAACAAUGCCUCGAUACUGGGCACUUGCAGCUCUCCUGGUGGGCUGCAUCAUUUCUGCCGCCGACCUCUGUGAGCCUCCCAAUCGUUUGGUUCUUAAGGGACACUGUGCAAAUAUACUUCUAGGUUUCGAUCCAAGCAGCCCCUACGACUGCUGUGGCGAUGCUUAUCCGAAUGCGGAAGGAAGGCCACCUUAUAACGCCUUCAAGCCAGCAGUUCCAAUUCGAUCGCCGGAUGUGAAUGCUUUGCAGCCACCACCUAAGUACAUCACCGCAGCAAUCCCGAGUCCUUCGCCGAAGCAGCGUUUGCAGGAGCAUUGCGGCCAGGAGAAUGAAAAUCUUUUGAACUUUAGCAUGCCAGAGGCCGAGAAGCACCCUUGGCCUGGCCAAUAUCCAUGGCUGAUUGCGCUAUUCUCCAAUGGCACCUACCUGGAAGGGGCAUCCCUGGUUGCCCCGGGCACUGUGCUGACUGCAGCUUACCUGGUGAUGAACAGGAAUGCGGAUGACAUUGUGGUCAGAGCUGGUGACUUUGACUUCUUGUUGCGCGCCGAGCAGUUCCCGCCGGAGGAGCGUCGUGUGGCCAGGAUUCGGAUCCAUGAGAACUUUCAAUACCAGACUCAGGAGAACAACUUGGCCCUUCUGUACCUUAAGUCGCCGUACAAACUGAGGAGCCACAUCGCACCCGUCUGUUCCCCUGGCCAGGGAAAGUCAUUCGAGCAAAAGCGCUGCAUUAUUGCCGGUUGGGGAAAGCGAGUCGUCCACCCGUAUACAACAUUUACGGAUGUACAAAUCAAAAUGGAUGUACCCAUAGUCAGCAGGGCUCUCUGCCAGAAUCAGCUGAGGCAAACCAGGCUUCGUGCGGACUAUAACCUGCCAGAGAGUCUCCUUUGCGCUGGUGGUGAGAAGGGCAAGGAUGCCUGCUUUUUCGAUGGUGGAUCUGCCCUGCUUUGUAAGCAGGACCAUUUUCCUUAUCGAUACGAUCUAGCAGGCAUCUUCAGCUUUGGCCUGUGUGAACUGGAAAAUAUGCCUUCAACGUUUACAAAUUUGGGCAUGUUUGGGGAUUGGCUUCAUCAGCACAUCUAGAAGGCAUGUGUUUUCCAUGGUAUUGUAAUCAACUUUCGAAAAUGUUAAAUCCGAUUUUCUGCAUAUUGGCAAUUACAAAAUAAAUUAAAAGAGUAUAUUACAUUCGUCGAAA